CUCUACUCCUGGCACCUGACCUGAGGCCAUGGCGCCCCAGCAGGUGGGGAGCUGGGGCCGAGUGGCAGCCGAGCCGUUUGAACCAAGGGGCGGUCGCUGUGAGGACAAGAAGCAGACCCUGUUGGCGCUGCUGAUCUUGGUGCUAUACAUGGGUGCGGGGAUAUCAGGAAGAAGUUGGGAGGUGUCAGAAAGGAUCAGAGAGUGUAGCUGCCCCCCAAAUCCUGUGGCUUCCCAGGGGUUCGAAUGCCAGACCAGUGGUCCCACGAAAGAGCCGAUAAGGGUCCUCAGGACCUGGUUGAAGGAGAGUGUGCAAGUAUUCCUGGAAAAGCUCGAGACUGAGGUGUGCAAGCUGGAGCAGCUGGACCCUGAUUGGCUCCUGGUCCUCCAAGGCCACCUGCCUUUCUCACGACCUUCCAACUUCUACGGACCAUGUGACUCUGUCCCCAGGCCAAACUGUGGGGAGUGGGUGGGAUGGGAUGGGCCCACCUCAUUGACUGGAGCUUCCUGA